ACAAACUUUCUCCUUCCAAUCCAUCCAACGAAAGAUCCAAUUCCAAGCAGCUGCCCUCUCUCUCUAUCUCUAUCUGUCUGUAAGCUGUAAGCAAUAAAACAUUUUCCUUUCUUCCCCAAAAAAAAAACUCCCAAAUCAUCUCUCUCUCUCUCUCUUCCUCUGCUCUCCCCCUUUUCCGUUACCCUUUUCUCCCCACAAAAAAUGUCGACUCUCACACCAUCCACAAUGGCUUCCAUAAUCAUCUUCUCCGUCUCCCUCCUCCUCAUCCUCCUCUCACCCCCCGCCGCCGCCGGCAGCGGGAUGUCGUCGUCGCUCCAGAAGCUCCUCCACAGCCAGGGACUCCCGGGGGGAUUGUUUCCAGACAAUGUCAAAUCGUUCGAUCUCGAUUCCUCCGGCCGGCUAGAGGUCGAGCUCGACGGCCCCUGUUUGGCCAAGUUCGAAAACAGAGUGUUCUUCGAGAGCGUGCUCCGAGCUAAUCUCAGCUUUGGCGGGCUCAUCGGAAUGGAAGGGCUAACUCAGGAGGAGCUCUUCCUUUGGUUUCCUGUCAAAGGGAUCUUCGUCACGGAUCCGGCCUCGGGGGUUAUCUUGCUCGAUAUUGGUCUCGCGCGCAAGCAGCUCUCUGUUUCUCUGUUCGAAGAACCGCCUUCUUGCAAGGCUCAACAAGGUGUGAAUUGUUGAAGGAAUCCACAGAAAUGGUGGGAUUUGGAGCUGAGAGACGAGGAAAAAAGGUUUCAGCUUUCAUAUAGAGGGUAACAGAGAUGGAGAAUUUUCAAGUUUCCUUCCCUCCACCGGUUUUGAUUCUUCUUUUUCUUCCCCAGUUUUCUGGGUUUUUUCUUCUUUAUGUUCUUCUUCUUUUACUUUUUUUACAAUUUCUUUUUGUUUCUCUUGCUUUUGUUUGAAUCAAAGUUUUGAGUGGGGGAAAAGGAGUAGUAGAGGGUAGUGAUAGAAAUUGUACAAAUGUUGGUAGUGAACUUUUGGUGGGGGGAAAAUGGAGGGAGGGAUUAAGGAUUCUUGAAUUCUCUUGUUGAUAAACAUUUUGAUUUUUAGUUUAUAGAGUUCCAAAAGAUCUUUGUUUUUUUUUUGUGUUUGGAUGAUUUUCUUCCUUAAUUUCAUCUAUAUACUUGCAAUUAGGGCAGCAAUUAGUGGGGGGAAGAUGGAGUGAUUAGAAGCUCAAAGGAGUAGAUUAUGGUCUUAAUUAAAUGUCCACUGAAGACUGAAGUGACCAUUUCUGGCAAGUGGUAAGGUUGUUAGCUACUACAAAUGUUUAGGUAAUUACCAAGUGGAGAAUCACUCUUUUUAUAGAAAAUCCAGAUAUUGCUGCCACAGUGCCGCAAAUUCUACUCCAUUUUGUGGUCACAAGGUUGAGACAGGAUUGGAAGAAAAAAGCCGGAUUCCAUGGUUGUUUUCCAGCAAGUUGUUGAUUGUCUGAGUGAAUCUCUUCCCUUUUUGGCUCUAUACUCUUGCUCCAGAACAAACUUUUCAGCAAGUUACUAGAUUCGUGAAGGAUUCCAUGGUUGAUUCCCAGCAGGUUACUGGAUUCGUGCAGGGGAUUCGAUUUUCUAAUAUUUUAUGAUGCAAUGCUAUUGCGAUCGAUCGUAUCUUACCC